AUGCAGCAAGUAGACGUCUCUUCUAUCAUCUCCAUCGAGGACGUCGAUAGCUUCAUCGAUAGGAAUUCCGGUGACUCGUGGACGACUACCCAGUUCAAGCUGAAUCCAUUCGAGACGCGCUUCUGGGGGGAGUCUGUCGCUCACCGACGGCUCCUCCUACUCAAGAGCCUGUAUCGGGCGCACCCGGCAGUCGACAAGCAGUUCAAGGAGCGUCGCACCCUGCACAUGCUGCAGGCCACCAGCCAGCCUUCGCCUGUGCACCUGUACGCAUUCGAGAAGCUGUUCUCCCAGAUCAACCGUGAGCUGGGAGGCUGCUUUGGCGGUGGACAGGUGAAACGGUUCCUGGACCUCGGUUGUUCGCCCGGCGGGUUCUCGACCUGGCUGCUCAAAUCCAACGGCUAUGCGGGCGUACAAGGUGUCGGCGUCACUUUGCCUGACGACGAAGCACGUUUUCCAUUGCAGAUCGAUCCUAUGCUCAGUGCGACGGCAUUGUCCUAUCGCGUCCUGUUCGGGGACGUUAUGAAGCUCAGCAUGGAGGCGAUUAUGGAGGGGACGGACCCUAUUGUUCCUCUAGGCGAGACCGCGUCGGGCGCCUUGAUUGACGCCGCGCAGUAUGAUCUAAUCAUCGGCAACGCGUUCCCGACCCUCCGGGGGCCCACGCGCUGGUGGCUCCGCGUCCAGCUCGUACUCUCACAGAUUCUCAUCAUGAUCACUAACGUCGCCCAGGGAGGCUCGUGCAUCGUGACGGUCAACACGAAGCCGUUCCUCUGGGUGGUCGAUGCCAUCGGGCUCCUCCAGAAGAUGUUCGAUACGAUCACGCCUUUCAAGGGAACGCUGCACGCCUCUAGGACGGUGGGAUACCUCAUCUGCAGAGGCUUCCGAGCCACUCCAGAGGAGGUAGACUACUACGCCGGGAGGGUCCGCGUCGUGCUGCGACAGUUGGAUGCGGUGGCCGACGAGUCCCGCGCUCAUGAGGAAAAGUCGCCUGUGGAAGACUCAUCGGACGAUGAUGGCGAGCAGCUGCCUCAGUCCUUCCUCCCUGAGGCAUUGCCGCUGUUGACGGGCGAGAGCGCCGCCGAGAUCUUCGACGCUCAGCAUCGCCUCGUGUUGGACCUGUUUGAGCCCAUGUGGAAGGCGCAGUUUGACGCCAUUCACCGAGAUUUCGAGAGAUUACUCUCAGGUGAGAUGGUCCCGCGCUGA